AUGGCGCCUCUCAUCACCAACGUCUACAGUGCUGACCCCUCAGCCCAUGUCUUCAAUGGCAAGAUUUAUGUCUAUCCCUCUCACGAUCGUGAGACCGAUAUCAAGUUCAACGACAAUGGCGAUCAGUACGACAUGGCUGACUACCAUGUCUUCAGCACUGAGAGCCUAGACCCGCCUGCCGAGGUCACUGACCAUGGUGUCGUCCUGAAGACAGAAGACAUCCCUUGGGUGUCCAAGCAACUCUGGGCUCCUGAUGCCGCUGAGAAAGACGGCAAAUACUUCCUCUACUUCCCCGCACGAGACAAGCAGGGAAUCUUCCGCAUUGGUGUUGCUGUCGGUGACAAGCCAGAGGGUCCUUUCACCCCAGACCCAGAGCCUAUCAAGGGUAGCUACAGCAUUGACCCCGCAAGCUUUGUGGAUGACAAUGGACAGGGAUACCUCUACUUCGGAGGUCUCUGGGGUGGACAACUGCAAUGCUACCAACAGGGCAAUGAUAUCUUUGAUCCUGAGUGGCAGGGUCCUAAGGAAGUCAGCGGCGAGGGUGUGCCCGCCCAGGGACCGAGAGUUGCUAAGCUUAGCGAUGAUAUGCACCAAUUCGCAGGCGAAGUUCAGGAAAUCCAGAUCCUUGCCCCCGAGACAGGCAAGCCUAUUCUAGGAGACGACCACGACCGACGUUUCUUCGAAGCGGCAUGGAUGCACAAGAGGAACGGCAAAUACUACUUCUCGUACUCUACAGGAGACACCCACUUCCUCUGCUUCGCCAUUGGUGACAGCCCCCUCGGACCCUUCACCUAUGGAGGUCGCAUUCUGGAGCCUGUGCUGGGGUGGACGACACACCACUCGGUUGUCGAGUUCAAGGGCAAAACCUACCUCUUCUACCAUGACUGUGAGUUGAGCAAGGGCGUCGAUCACUUGAGAUCAGUCAAAGCCAAAGAAAUCUUUUACGAUGAUGAUGGCAAGAUCAUUACCACUACAGCCGACUAG